GCGUGGCACGCCCUCGACCAAUCCUGAUGGGAGAGUGGUGUGCACCGCAACAAAAAGAAGACGGCCAUUCCAAGCAGGAGACAUGGUCGUUGUAAUGGAACGGCAUGACAGUUAUUCACACGUGUACCUUGAGCCAGGGGGCAUGUUUCAGAAUCGUUUAGGGCAUUUCCACCACGACGACAUCAUCGGGAAACACGUUGGCGCAAAGGUCAUGUCCAGGUCCGCAGGUGGGCGAUUUAUACGCUUGCUAUUGCCCUCUCCGGAGCUGUGGACGAUGAGCAUCAAGCAGCGCACACAGAUUGUUCAAGACCUGGAUCAGAGUAUGGUUGUGUUUAAGCUUGGUCUGCGGCCAGGCAUGCGAGUCCUGGAGUCUGGAACGGGCUCUGGGGCAAUGUCACAUGCAAUUUUGCGCAGU